CACUUACUUUCGGAAGUUCAACACCUGUAGUCUACUGUGUCAGAUGAACAAUAGUUAUAUAAGAUUAUUGAAUGGCGGCAAACAUAUUUACUCGAAUUUGCAGUCGAGGAUUUUUGAGGAGUUACGUAUCAAAAUCGCAGCUUCAUUUUGACCCAUUGAAUCCUAUGCAGUCACGUGUUGUUUCUAACAGUGGACUGGCAAACAACACAAUUUUUGAAUAUCUUUUUAAAAGUUUUGGUACCACAGCCCAAAAGUAUGACUCAGACUCAGUAUCAUGCUGGAAAUGUGGAGUGACUGUUGACCUGAAAAAAGUUUUAUUUUGCAACCACUGUGAGGUUGUUCAGAAACCCAAAUAUGAGGUAGAUUUCUUUGAAAUUUUUUGCCUGAAACGAACUUUCGAAGUAGACACUAGGGAGCUGACAAAGAAAUUUAGACUUUUACAAAUGCAGCUUCAUCCUGAUAGAUUUUCUCAAAAAUCUGAGGAUGAAAGACAAAUAUCUGCUGGUUAUUCCUCCUUGUUGAAUCAAGCGUAUAAGACACUAAGCUCACCAUUGGAGAGGGGGCUCUAUCUUCUACAAAUACAAGGACAUGCACUAUCUGACGAAGGAGAGAUAAUAAUGGAUCCUGAAUUUUUGAGUGAAAUAAUGGAAAUUAAUGAAGAAAUUUAUGAAGUUGAAGAUCAUGAAUCACUUCAGCGAAUACAGACAGCUAAUGACAUUGAACUGGAAAACCUGUUUAGGAAAGCUGCUGAUUACUUCAGAAAUAAUGAUUGGGAAUCUGCAAGAGAAUGCAUGGCAAAACUGAAAUAUUACUCUAAAAUUCAAAGAAGAAUAAAGGAAAUUGAACAUGAAUUGGUAGAGAAAGAAAACUAGCUGUUUACCAAAAUAACCUGUACCGAUUCCUUGUUUUAUUGUCAGUUUCUUGAGGUACCUGGGUUACUACAUUAAUAUUUCAGUAUUUUGAAGCUACCUUGAAGAUAGAGGAAGGUUCUAUUGUUUUCUUAAAAGCUAAAUAAAUUAAUAGGCGUAGUUAUCUGUGAUAAAUGUAAUCUGUGUGGUUGAGAACUAAUA